GUCAGCCACUCCAAUGGGUGAAGACAAUGGCCGCGAUAUAGUCUCCAGCCCACGCAGUCGUAGAUGUCAUCAUACGACGCUCAGCUUUCUGUGGCUUUCGGACUUGAUACCUGGUCAGGCAAUCUUCUCGAAAGAGGCUUAGCGGAGAAUUGCUUAGGCCCGAGAUCGGCCAACCAAUCGUCACUACUCGUUCAGUACUACUUACUCACUCAAUCCCCUGCGAAGAACGGAAUACUGCUUAUUGAUUGUUAUUUUUCUGGUGCUAGGUUAAUCCUACUUUCUCGUCAGCCAAUCCACCUAGGCCAAAUGCAUUCAUCACUGGGUUCGGAUCGGCAAACACCACGAGGGGCCCACAUGAUAAGCAUCCUUCUGUGUCUGGUAUAGGAUUAAUUCCCGCUGCUCCAUUCAACCCCCUCUUGAAGUGACCACUAGACUAUGCCAUGCCAUGCCAUGGCACAUGGCCAUUGUAUAAGUGAAACACUUGAGCAUAUUUUCCCCGUGGAGACUAUAUCCCCACCUGGCAACCGAAGACCCCCACUGUCUGGUCUCGACUCUAUUCCACAGACUGGCUGGACCUUCCGCAUGAAGAACAUCCUUUGUACACCUACACCAGGUCUGACCUACAUCGAGGAUAGAGUCUAUUCUCUACAUCUUGCUAGAGGUAUCAGAGAGAUCGGCUACUCUCUACAUCGUAAUGGAAUCUCUUUUAUCUACGGCAGUGAAAGAUUCGUUGUCAUAAACGAAUAU